UUUUUUUUAAUUGGAAACUUGUUUGUAACCUUCAACUCAAUUUUCUCAUGAGAGAUCGAAUAUAGAUGUAUCAUGACAUUCUCAUUCUCUAAUUCCUUGGAUCCGAUCAUCAUCUAUUCCUCUUUUCCAUUUCUCAAUAAUAGUAAUGGUUGAAAAUUUAUUCAGCUACAGAAACCCACUUCAUAUGUUCAAGAACCUUUAGCAAAGAUCAAAAACAAGAGAAAGAAAAGAUGAAUAGUAAGUAUUUUGUGUGCUUCACAAUAUUCAUUUUAUUUAUCUUCGCAUCUCUCUUCUACAGUGGUCGAACCAUUGAUUACAGAUCCAAAUUUAUGCUUUUCUCGUCCCCGCCGUCGAGUAACGCUACGUCCUGCAGCAGCGCUACUCAAUCGCGGCAGCGGCCGCUCAAUGUUUAUAUGUACGAUUUGGGGAUGAAGUACAAUGUUGGAAUGUUGAAAGGAUCGCAUUACGAUGGUCCUCCAGUGACCGCUGAGACUCUGCCGGAGUUUCCGCAUUACACUGGGUUAAGGAGACAACACACCGUGGAGUAUUGGAUGCUGGCUUCGUUGUUGUAUUAUGAAAAUGGGACAAAGCAACAGGAGGCGGUUAGGGUUUUGAAUCCGGAUUCAGCUGAUGUGUUCUUUGUGCCAUUUUUUUCUUCGUUGAGCUAUGAUACUUACAGUAAUCAGGGGAAUGAUACGGAGUCGAAGUUUGAUGAUCAACUGCAGGCUGAAAUUGUUGACAUUUUACAAAAAUCAAAAUACUGGAAGAGGUCUGCUGGUCGAGAUCAUGUAAUACCAAUGCAGCAUCCAAAUGCUUUCAAACAUUACCGGGAGAAGGUAAAUGCUGCUAUCUUUGUCGUGGCAGAUUUUGGUCGCCCUUCUCCAUCUGUGUCUAAUUUGAGGAAAGAUGUUGUGGCCCCAUAUGGACACGUGGUUGAAACUUUUGAAGCUGAUGACUUCUCAGACCCAUAUGAUUCUCGCACAACACUCCUUUUCUUCCGGGGGAGGACAAAGAGAAAAGCUGAAGGGAAAGACCGUAAGCGUCUGGAAAAAAUAUUAAGCAGUCAAAAGGAUGUUGUUUUUGAAGCAAUUGGAGCCACAGAGGAAGGUGUGAAUGCAUCUACCAAGGGGAUGCGUUCGUCAAAGUUCUGUCUCGAUCCAGCAGGGGAUACCCCAUCGUCUUGCCGCCUUUUUGAUUCCAUAGUUAGUCAUUGUGUCCCUGUUAUUGUGAGUGACAAAAUUGAGCUACCUUAUGAGGACGAAAUAGACUACAACAAGUUCGCUAUCUUCUUCUCACGCGAGGAGGCUAAGAAAGAUGGCUUCAUACUUGAUCAGCUCAAGAGCAUUUCUAAAACAAAAUGGUUUGAAAUGUGGAGAUAUCUUAAGAACAUUACACAUCAUUUUGAGUAUCAGUACCCUCCGAAGAACGGCGAUGCUGUAAAUAUGAUAUGGAGGCAAGUGAAGCACAAACUUCCUGCUGUAAAACUUGCUGUACAUAGAAACAGGAGGCUUAAAGUGCCAGAUUGGUGGAGAUAGCUUUUGAAGCUUGAAUUAGGUAUACUUGGAGUGUUAUUUAGACAAUACUUAAUAGUGUUAGAAUAGGAAUAGGAACAAGAAUAGUAUAUAGAACCCAAACAACUUUUUUACCGAGA